AUGGACUCAGGCCAUUUGUCUUCUCGCGCAAGCCCAGGGGAUCUCACUGCUCUGAAGACGUCACAUCCUUCUGGCGCAUGGUUAGCUCCACCUGCACCUUCGCAGCAAAGUUCCACAGAGCCGGCACCAGCUAUCGGGGACGGAAGCUCGGAUAGUGGUCUUGCGACUCCACCAUCCACACUGUCCAGGAACAGCACACUUUCUGCACAAACUCUGGCACCUCCCGGAGGAUGGGUCGCAACGCUGACUCCCCCAGGGACGAAGAGUAGGCGUGGGAGCUUGUUGAGGGUUCGCUUUGACAUUGGGUUGGAGACAGCAGAAGGCGUGCACGAGCACUCUUCAGAACUAGAGGCCACGAACGGCCCCACAGUGGCAAACGGCAGUACUGGCAAUGCUUCUGCUUCCGCGGCAACGGUCGAGUCUUCGGUUGAAGUCCCUCCUACACCGCCUUCGAUGCGGGACCGCAUCCAGAAGAAGCACUCUGCUCCCCCAAUCUGUGUUCUAGACGCGUAUGGGCGGGAAGAAACUCCUGUCGAGGCGCCUCCUGCUCCCCCCGUGCAACCGAAAGCCAAACCCUUCCCCACGCUCAAGCAACAAUCUCCUCCCAAGUUGCCCUCGCGCAAGAGCAGCUGGUCGUUGCCCAAUGGCACCCCCCGCAGCCGGAGCGCAGUGCAUAUGCUCGACGCCAUGGGUUGCCCGGUGGAAGAUCCAACCCCUCCGCAAGUACUUUCGGAUGACUCGUCACUGCUUUCUCUCGACCCGCCAAACUCGCAGCACGAGGUGCUCGCGCGCAUGAACAACGCCGUGUCGAGCAUGCGUGCAGACAUCUGGGACGCUGACAGGUCGAGCGAUGGCACGGUUUUUGAUGAUCACAUGUCUGCCGCUUUGCAGGAGCAGUGUGAUGCGGCUAUAUGGAACCGCGAGAAGGUCAUGCGUAAACUCGCGCUCACGCAGCAGGCGGAGGCGGAGGCACUCAAAGAGACUGGACCCGGUGGUUCCCAUUCAAGAAGUGGUGCCAAGGACCAGUUCAUCUGGACCGUGCCUAACUGGCGCUACCUCGUCAGCUUUGUGAUCGUCCAGAUCUUGCUUUUCGCGUUGAUGGUCCAUUAUAUCCAUGCUCAAGCAUGGAAGCUCUUCCUCACAAUGUAUUACGACGUGUUCAACCCUGACCUUUACGUCCACCUGGAAACUCAUGAUACCACCACAUCCUUGAUACCCACAUGCCCACCAUGGUCUAUCCUCACGGCGCUUAGCAACCUCUAUCACCACGGCCCGUUAGAGGCCCUAGCGGAUACAUGGACCAGUGCGACGUGCACAGUGUCGGCGCUUGUUCAGUCAGUGUUUGGUGGCACAACGGCACCCGCGUACGCUUGGCCGUCAACAUGA